AUGCCCGACUAUGGAGGCCUGGACCCCACCGUGGGCCAAUGGGAAAAAUCAGGCUGUCACGUGACGAGAUGGAGAUGCCCGACUCGACGGUUGAGUCGACCGGCGGCGGAGGAGGGACACCAGAAGUCGACCGAGUCGGCCGGCGGCGAGGAGACAUCGCACAAACAGAACCAGGUGAACAGCGUCGUGCUGUACGGUGUGCCGAUCGUCUCCCUCACCAUGGACGGCAAAGACCGACUCUGCCUGGCGCAGAUCUCCAACACGCUGCUCAAAGGCUUCAGCUACAACGAGAUCCACAACCGGCGCGUGGCGUUGGGCAUCACGUGCAUCCAGUGCACGCCCGUGCAGCUGGAGAUCCUGCGACGUGCCGGCGCCAUGCCCGUCUCCAGCCGGCGCUGCGGCAUGAUUACCAAACGCGAGGCCGAGCGACUCUGCAAGAGCUUUCUGGGCGACAACUCGCCGCCCAAGCUUCCCGACAACUUCACCUUCGACGUGCUGCACCUGUGCGCCUGGGGCUGCCAGGGCCAGUUCUACCCGGCGCGCUACAACUCAUCGCGCGCCAAGUGCAUCAAGUGCACGCUGUGCGGGUCGUUCUACUCGCCCAACAAGUUCAUCUUCCACUCGCACCGCACCCCGGAGGCCAGCUACGUGCAGCCGGACGCCGCCAACUUCAACUCGUGGCGCCGCCACAUCCGCCUGCACGGCAGCCCACCCGAGGAGGUCGUGCACGCCUGGGAGGAUGUCAAGGCCAUGUUCAACGGCGGCACGCGCAAGCGCCUGGUGGCGCCUCCAGCCGCCUGCUUCUCCCGCCUGCCAGCGUUCGGCGCCUACAAGCGACUGACGGCGCUCGAGCCGGCCACCUUCGCCGACUACCUGUGGCCGGCGGCCAAGGCGCUGCUCGACGCCGAGGUCAGGGGUCAAGCCCUGCUCGACGCCGAGGUCAGAGGUCGCUCCAUGCUGGAGGCGGAGAUCAGGGGGCACGCGCUGCUCGAGGCGGCCAAAGAAGGCGCUGCCGGCAAGACGCAGGAUGAGAAGUCGUGCAAACGCCCGGAGCGCGGUGAGAGGGGCGGCACCAGCCCUGCGGCGGUCCAGGACGGCCCGCUGCGGUCGCUCUUCAUGCUGAAGGCCGAGACAGACAUCCAGCUUGCCCACCGGUAG